AUGGACAUCUUCAACUCGGAUUUCUACGCCGGUUUUGACAUGCAAGCGGCGGAAGACUACUCCCGUGCGUCGGACCCCGCCGGGCCUGACACUCUUGGCUUGCAAGAUGUCAUGUUGGAGGGACCCCUUGACAUCCCAAUAGACCCCGCCCUCUCUGAUCCCACGGCCAUCGACUACAGCGGCAUCGUGAGUAAUUUGUUCGACGACAAUGGAAGCCUCUUUGACGGCUGCAGCGAAGAGGUCCAAGGAGAAUUGAAAAACUGGGCAUUCGACGACCUCACGCCUCCCCAGCCCGUCAUCCCAGCAGACACGACUUUUGCUCUGCCACCCGUGGUCCCCGACAUUCAGCCCGAGAUUGUGGUCGCAACAACGCCGGCGUACGAAUACCCCCCGCCUCCUGGCACCACAGACGAGCCCGAGACCCCUGUCCUCGAGACUCUGACCUGGGAUUCCUUGCCUGUGCAACCCACCGCAUAUCCCACGCCGCCUCCUGGGUGGAGCACGGCCGUUCGGCCUACACUGCCUCCGGCUCCCGUCCCCGCCGAACAAUCGCCGUACCAGAGCUUGCUGCUGGCUGCUGCCGACCACAACAGCAACGUGGCCAAGCAAGCCAUCGGCGCGGCGCAUGGCCUGUUGCCGAAUCAGCAGUCGAAUCGACUGGAAACGCCACCGUACAGUGUACCAGCCUCGCGGCUUCCCAGUCGCCCGCCCAGCUGCAUGCCGAGCCGUGCACCGAGCCGUGCACACAGCCGCAUCGGCACGCCGGCGCCUCUCAGCCUCGGCCUCGGCCUGGUCCCGAGCCGUCUUGCCACGCCGGCAUCGAUGGCUCUGAUGCCCGGCCGCGCAAAGCGCACCGGCAUCAUCCCCGCCCGCCAGGUCAAGGGCGAGAUCAACUACGCCGACUACUACGCCAAGCUGCCCGAGACGCCCGCCCCCUGGGGCGGCGACGACCCCUACCGCCCCAAGUUCCAGUACACGAGCCAGGGCAUGUGGAAGCCCAACCUGUGCUUCGACCGCGGCGAUCUCUACGAGUACAUGACGGCUCGGCAGACCGCCGGCGUGCCCCUGACUGUCUGGAUCCAGAACUGCCCCGCCGGCAGCAACGCGCGGUGCCCGGACCGCGGCACGCGCCAGUGCCGUUUCAGCGACUGCCCGGCGCCGUCGCGGUCUAUCCUCAAGGGGUGGUGGCGCGUCGCCUUCGACGAGCACCCGGAGGCGACGGGCAGCGAGCUCGACCCGUUCCACUGUGCGGGGUUCAUGCAUCUCUUCUGCUUCGAGAAAUGCUUUGAUCUCGUGGAGAUGAUGAACGCCUUCGAUUAUGAAGCGCACGCAGAGAAGAAGACCAAGGCCAACGCAGUCCGGGAGGCCAAGGCGGCACUUGCUGAAAAGAUGAUGCGGGAGCGUACACGCACAUCAUCCAAGCGCAAGCGCGAUGUCGAUGACGAUGGUCAUGGCGACGAGGACGCUGAUAGUGACGAAAGCUACGACAGCAAGACCACCAGCACCCAAGAUGUCAAGGCGCCACUUGCGGAAAAGAUGCUUCGUGGGCGUACACGCAGGUCAUCCAAGCGCAAGCGCUCCGACGAUGACGAUGAAGGGGUCAUUAAUGUUGACAACGCUGACGCUAAUCUUGACGAAAACUACGACAGGAAGGUCAUCAGCACCCAUAAUUUCAAGGCGGCACUCGCAGAAAAGAUGCUUCGGGAGCGCAUACGUACAUCAUCCAAGCGCAAGCGCGACGACGAUGACGAUGAAGGAGGCAUCGAUGAUGACGACGCUGACACCGAUGUCAACCCAGACUACGACGAAAGGGUCACCAACAUCCAGAAGGCCAAGGCUCGUGCAGUCAGGCGUCCGGUCAAGCGCAUCCGAAUAUCGGAUGCACAGUACAGUGCUGCCAGCCCCAGCCAGGCAUCGCCAGGCACCCGCCGAAGCCCGCGUGUGCGGGUAGGUAGCUACACCCAGUUCUACUGA